AACAACAACAAUGUCUGAACAAAGUCCAAAGGAGGAAAAGGGAGAUACCCAUAUCAACUUGAAGGUAAGUGACGGAUCAGCCGAGAUCUUUUUCAAGAUCAAGCGUUCCACGCCCAUGAGACGAUUGAUGGAAGCGUUUUGUAAAAGACAAGGAAAAGCCAUGGACACCUUGAGAUUUUUGGUGGAUGGUACUAGAGUUGGGCCUGAUAAUACGCCAGAUGACUUGGACUUGGAGGACGGAGACUUGAUUGAGGCUCAUAGAGAGCAGGUUGGUGGAUGUGCUUAGGGCCGGUUUGGUGGACCGCUGAUACGUGUAUAAUAAGUAGUUCAAUGAAGGUCACACUCCAAAGUGUAGAGGCGAGGAAGAGGAAGAGGAAAAGGGAAGGGGAAAAGAGAGGGCGACAGAUAUGAUGCAUGAUGCAUGAUGCAUGAGACAUGAGAGCUGAGACACAUGAGAGCCGACAGAGAUGGCAGUUGUCAGUUUUGGGAGCUGUCAGACAUGAAAGCUAUAAGACAUAAAUGGUGGAAAGUGGUAAUUAGCAGGGCUGGCGGUAGCUGUCUGGUAGGAUGGAGCCUAGGGGGAUCCAGCGGGGCGCCCAUCUCCGUCCGUCACCCCUUUCCUUAUCAGUUCGCCACCAGGAAGAUGGUUAGCGCACGCGGUUGCGCUCGUCCGUCAGUAUAUAAGCAUCGGGAUUCGCCCUCCUGUCAAACAUCUCUAAUAUG